AUUGCGCACUGAAUGACACACCAGCAGGAUAAAGUGAUAUCACAUCGUGCUGAACUUUCACCUGUCCCAGCUGUUAUCAGUGACCAGCGCUGACCCACUUUCACUCAGCCGCGGCUGAGCCGAACAGCCCGACGGACUGAGAGCAUCAGGAUUCAUGGAGACACUGUCCAGGACUGGGGGAGAGGAGCAGGGAGACCCCCCGCUCCCGGUGGACGAUGGGGCUGGACCGGGAAUCUCCAACGUGAGGAAACACCAGCACAAACACAACCUGAAGCACCGCUACGAGCUGCUGGAGACGCUGGGAAGAGGAACGUACGGUAAAGUGAAGAAAGCUGUGGAGAGACACACCGGCCGCGUGGUUGCAAUCAAGUCUAUCCGUAAGGAGAAGAUCAAAGAUGAACAGGACAUGGUUCACAUCCGCAGAGAGAUUGAGAUAAUGUCUUCAUUACGCCACCCACACAUUAUCUCAAUAUAUGAAGUAUUCGAGAAUAAGGACAAAAUAGUGAUAGUGAUGGAGUAUGCCAGCAAAGGAGAGCUCUACGACUACAUCAGUGAGCGGCGAAAGCUCAACGAGAGAGAAACCAGACACUUUUUCAGGCAGAUCGUCUCGGCCGUACAUCACUGCCACAAGAAAGGAGUGGUACACAGGGAUUUGAAACUGGAAAAUGUGCUGCUAGAUGACAACUACAAUAUAAAGAUAGCAGAUUUCGGCUUGUCCAACCUUUAUCACAAAGACAAGCUUCUGCAGACCUUCUGUGGAAGUCCUCUGUAUGCUUCUCCUGAAAUUGUAAAUGGAAGGCCGUAUCGGGGCCCAGAGGUCGACAGCUGGGCUCUUGGGGUGUUGCUUUACACUCUGGUUUAUGGCACAAUGCCUUUUGAUGGGGGAGAUCACAAAAGACUCAUACGUCAAAUCAGCAAAGGGGAGUACAGGGAACCACCCCAGUCAUCAGAUGCACGUGGCCUGAUCCGUUGGAUGUUGAUGGUAAACCCAGAUAGGCGUGCCACAGUGGAAGACAUUGCCAACCACUGGUGGGUGAACUGGGGCUGGAAGACCAGUGUGUGUGACUGCCAGACUCAAAAGGAGAACAGCUCACCCAUGCUCGCCCGCUUUAUCGACUGGAAGAGUCGGACUGAGACAGGCAAGCUCCCUGUAAAACUAUCCUGCCCCGAUUCAGGAGUCACCUUUAAUGGAAACAAUAUUGGAUCUGGUACAACCCGUCGUCUCAGAAGGUCCUCGAAGGAGAACGAUGGUGGAGCACUGACUGUUCUGGAGGAAAAAGCGGGUGCGAAAAGGCCUAAAAGCAUUCUUAAGACCCGAGCAAGUACUGGAGAUCAGCGCUCCCAAAGCCUAUGUGAGGCCGAGCUACGUCGCUCCAUAUGUUACCAGGAUGUAGAGACGACUUCAAGUCCGGAGAAGGAGGAGGCUGCAGGAGGCUCACCAGCCAAAAUGAUGCCAUCCCUACCCAAGAAGGGCAUUUUAAAGAACAACCAACAGCGUGAGUCCGGCUAUUAUUCCUCUCCUGAGCGUAACGAGUCCUCCGAGUUGCAAGGGAGCAUCUUGGCACCACCUCCUAAUGGCUCUCCACCUAAAAGGGGGACUGGGCGUAAGGGCAUAUUGAAGAGGAAUGGGAAGUACUCGGCUCACAUGGCACCCACUCAGGACACAAGCCUCCCACAGAGCCAGAGUCGACCCUCAGGAAUCUUGAGGGAGGAGAUCUCGGGUAUGGCAAUGGAUUGGCCACAUGCGUCUCCCAAACCUAACAUCAGGGGCAGCCUCUCAGCAGAGGAUUUACUGCAAAUGGCAGGAUUUAGGGGACUACAAACAGCAGCUCCUUUCCAUGGAUCAAAGGUGACCUUCAGCCCGCCAGGAUCACCUCCGGACAAUGGGAGUUUCUCUCUUCUGGGGGAUCUUGAUGAUGUGACCCAGGUGUAUCAACAGGCCCUGAACAUCAGCAACCAUCUGAGUUAG